AUGUCAACGGUGUCGGACGCAUUGGACGCGGCAGCGGGCCGUCUUGACGCGGUCGAGCAAGGUCAAAUCCAGAUGACGGCUCAGUUGGCCAGCAUUGCCCAGCAGCUUCAGACAUUACUCGGCGGUGGCGCUAGUGGCAGCGGCAGUAGCGGUGGCGCUGGAGGUGGGGGCAGUGGUGGUGGCGCUGUUGGUGGUGGCGGUAGCGGUAGCGCCGGAGGCGGUGGCAGUGGUGGUGGCGCUGGCGGCGGUAUCACGCAGCGGCGCCGGAUCGACCCAUCAGGUUUUGAGAAACUGCAUGCUGACAUCUCUCUUCCGCAGCUACGCACGUGGAGAAAUCGCUGGGGCGAUUUUUGCCAGCUAAACCAAUUGGCCGCAUAUCCGGUGGCCGAGCAGAUGGCCGCCUUCAGGAUGGUUCUCGAUCCGGCGAUGCAGCAGAUCGUGGAAGUGGCUCUGGGUAUUCUACCGACGUCUGCAUUAUCUCCAAUCGAUGUACUCGAUUGCGUCAGCACAUACAUACGUUCGAAGCGAAACAUCGCGCUAGACAGAGUCGCGUUCGAAGAGUGUGAGCAGAGUGCGACGGAAAUGUUGGCUGAGGCGGCUGAGGCGGCUGAUUAG